AUGUCUUUUGGUGCUAAUGUAGAUCAGCAAUUUGUAAGACAAAGUGUAUUAAAUUUUUAUAUUCAUGGUCAAGUCUAUCAUUGCAUUGGAUCUUUGUUAUCAGAAGAAGGUCAUACUCCAACUUUUGCUCAACUAUACAUCUAUGAUACCAUGCAUGAAGUUGAAAAUCGUUGUAACAUCAUGAAUCACUUUAAUGAAUUGAGUAAGAAUAUUUUACAAACCUUACAAAGUAUAUUUAAUAAAUGCAACCCUUAUAUUCAAAACUUUCAUCACGUAAGAGAUAAUAUUCAAGAAAAUUUAAUUACUACAAUUUCAAUGAUAAUUCAUGCUUGGUUUCAAGAAAAUAAAAAUAAUCAUGCAGCAUGUAAAUAUAUAUAUAUUGACUUUUCCACUUACUAUACUUGGACAACUAAGUGUAAGUGGGUACUUAGACAAAUAUCUAUAUCUAUGCUUGCAAGACUUUACAUGGUACAACCUUCAGAAGGAAAUAAUCCUGAACUGCUCGAUCAAGCUCGAAGAGUAGUUCAACCGAAUAAAGUUGUAAAAACAAAUUCUCAAUCUGGCAAAAUUUUUUAA